AUGUCGAAUCCGCUGCAGCAGGCUCUCCCGAACCAGCAGCAGCCCCAUCUGAACGCUGCUCCGUUCCCUGCGCAGUGUUUCGUGAAUCCGUUUAACAACCCGCUCCAGAUCAGAAGGAACGUGAUCACAGACGAUUACGACGUCACGAGUCAGGUGCUCGGGAAGGGGAUAAACGGCCGAGUGCUGGAAGCCUUCCACAGAGAGAGUGGAGCAAAGUACGCACUGAAGAUGCUGCAGGAUUGUCCCGAGGCCAGACGGGAGGUGGAGCUCCACUGGAGGGUGUCACCGUGCCACCACGUUGUGCCCAUCAUAGACGUUUAUGAGAACCUCCACCAGGGCAGGAAGUGCCUCCUCGUCAUAAUGGAGUGUAUGGACGGAGGGGAAUUAUUCAGUCACAUCCAAGACAGAGGAAAAGGAAAUCUUGCAUUUACAGAAAGAGAGGCCUCUGGCAUCAUGAAGAGUAUCGGAGAAGCCGUACGUUUCUUGCAUUCCAUCAACAUCGCCCACAGAGACGUCAAGCCAGAGAACCUGCUGUACACCUCCAAAAGGCCAGAUGCCCUCCUCAAGCUGACAGACUUUGGGUUUGCCAAAGAAAUCACCACCGUAAACUCUUUAGCGACACCUUGUUUUACCCCCUACUACGUUGCUCCGGAGGUUCUCGGUCCAGAGAAGUACGACAGAUCCUGUGACAUGUGGUCCCUGGGCGUCAUUAUGUAUAUUCUACUUUGUGGAUAUCCUCCCUUUUUCUCACAUCACGGUCUGGCGAUAUCCCCGGGAAUGAAAAGACGGAUCCGUAAUGGACAAUAUGACUUCCCCAAGCCAGAGUGGUGCGAUGUGUCUGAGGAAGCCAAGCAGCUAAUCCGCCACUUGCUGAAGACCGAGCCCACCCAGAGAAUGAGCAUCGGCGAGUUCAUGAACCAUCCCUGGAUUACCCGGUCCGUGGAGGUUCCUCGAACGCCUCUUCACACCAGCCGUGUGCUGCGGGAGGAGCAAGAAGUCUGGGAGAAGGUGAAGGAGGAAAUGACAAACGCCCUGCAGACGAUGAGAGUGGACUGCGAUCAAAUUAAAAUCAAAACCAUUGACGACUCGACUAAUCCUCUGCUCUUGAAGAGAAGAAAGAAAAGUCAAAACUCAGCCACGCAGCUUCCAGGCCAGUGA